CAUCACUCUCAUCGAGUGACUUCGGGGUUCACCGAUCGGGCUCGUACGUGUUCCUACCGAUGGUAGUACGUAUCACUGGAAAGAUGAUGUGCGGUCGGUGGCAACUGCACUCCUGUCCGAAACGAAUCGCCGCCGGCAUUGGGCGACGUCGUAGUACACUUCGUGAGCUGCAUUCGGUUCGGUCACCGUCCCGAAUUAGACCCCGACCACGUUCCUUGCUAGAAGAGUUGACAACUGUGCAGUCGUUCGCUCGACACAACACUGGCAAUCGUACUGCCGCUACUGUCACCGAUGCCCCGAGCCACGAAAGGGGUAUCCGAAACCGAAACAGCCUCGGACUGCGUCGCGACGAAAAUCGGGUGUUGAUCGUAGGAGGUGGUCCCACGGGACUGUUCCUGGCCCAUUUGUUGCGAUCGUACAACGUCCCGUUUCGGCUCGUCGAGGCCCAAACCCCGGAAGGACGAUUUCAACACCCGCAAGCCCACUUUUUGAACACGAGAACGAUGGAGAUUCUCAAGCACGGGUUGUCCUACUGCAACGACCACAAUGGCAACCCGAACGAGCCGAACGACAUUUAUAGAAGGCUGCGGGGUGCUAUGCCACCCGUAGAGGAAUGGAAAUCCUUUCGAUUCGGUCCCGAUAUGACGUGCAACACCUUGGACGGAAAGAUCCUGGCCGAAGUAGUGCACCCCGUCGAUCGGCCCCUUGCGGCCACGGAGGACGCCAACGGGCGAUUGGUGCCCGAAUCAGCGGCUGGUGACCACAGAACGCCAAGCACGGCACGCGAGAGAGGUAGCGGUACCGCACUGAGCCCGGAAUCGGUGGGACACCUGGCCCAGCACACAUUUUGUCGCAUUCUGUACGACGCUCUGGUGGAUUCACCGGACGACGAGGUGAUGUAUGAACGCCGUGCCACGGGGUUUGACUGGAACGAGGAAACACGUCUAUGGAACGUCCAGACAGAUCGGGGAGACUUGUUCGACGACGUAGACGUGAUUGUAGCCGCAGAUGGUGCCGCUUCGUCGAUUCGCAAGAACCUCUUUCCCGGAGACGGUACAAGGGGUGGAAACGAUUCGACAAUGCUGGGGACACACACUCUUCAGCGAUUAAUCAACGUCCAUUUCACUGUUUCGGAAGAGACAACAAGCAUUCCACCCGCAAUGCUAUAUACAAUCUUCAAUACCGAGGUAUUGGCAAUGUGUGUUCGGCACGGACCAGGAGAAUUCGUCUUGCAAAUCCCGUACUUUGAACCAUAUCAGACGCCAGAAGACGAUUUUGGAAUCGAAUCGGUUCGUAAAAUGAUUGGGUCGAUCCUGGGGAAUUCGAACGGUUUCACCAUUCACUCGAUUCGUCCAUGGACGAUGGGAUCGUUGGUCGCUCGAAAGUAUCAUACAGACAACGGCGUGUUUUUAGCAGGCGACGCGGCACACGUUUUCCCACCUGCCGGUGGCUUUGGAAUGAACACCGGCUUGCAAGAUGUAUACUCACUGGCGUGGCAAAUUGCCUUCAAUCGACAAACGAAACAGAACCCCAAAGACAGGACAUCAAACAACGAAGACGGGAACAGUACGUUUUCGUCGCUGUCAGAGAUUGGACGCACGUACGAACGAGAAAGGCAACCGGUUGCACGCCGAAAUGCCGCUCUGUCUGUUCGAAACUACAACCGUGUUCUGAACGUAAUGAGGGCGUGCUAUCUAGAUGAUCGGCAUCCCGCUUUUCUCAUUCAAGCACUGGAUGCUACCGCGUCGUUUGUGCCACUCGAGGCGAGACGACAAACCUUUCGCACGUUGCUCAAAACCGCCUUGUCGCCUUUGUCGCAACUCGAAUCGUCGCCCGAUGGCAUCUACGCGCAAACCAUCAAGGGAAACCUUCGUUCACUGUUAGGAUCGGGACAAGGACUUCCCCUCCUUUUCCCAAGAUACGAACUCGACUUCUCGUAUGGCGCACCUGGCGAACAUGGAACUUCCGUUGAUGGAGAAGAUGAAUGGUCUCAAGAUUCAGUUGCGUCAUUUCCGCGACUAGUUGUAGGUGGCCUUUUUCCUCACAUAGUGGCUUCGGUUGAGCCUGAUACUCUUCUAAGCUUUCCUCGUUUGCAACCAAUCGACAAUGGAGAAGACAAUGCUAAUGGAAGGAAUCGGUUCAUCGUCACAGGCACAACUGCGGACGAAUUGCGGACCAUUUCAACAAGGGAUUUGCCUGCCCAAUUAGCAACGGAUGAAACGCCAUGUGCCUUUUGCAUAGUCGAGAUCGUCUCUUCUACUGGUGUAAAACCGGACGAUACGCUGCCGUCUUUGCAAAAGUCUUUGCAGGGAAAACUGGGCAUUCCAAUCUUGAUGUCACGACUAACAGUAUACAGCAACUCUGAUGGAGACCAAGCGACGCUUAAUGGAGCGAGCCAAAUUGAUGUAAUAGAUACAUCUAUUUGUGACAUGCAUAUGGAUGCACAUCAGUGGGAGGAUCUGAAUCUGAUUCCUGGAUUAUCGGAACCAAAUUCUAGCUUCAAAAUGUUUGUUGUGGUUCGACCGGAUGGUCAUGUGGCUGCAAUUUCGUCAGAGGUCCCCCACUUAGAGAACUUAGUUCUUGGCAUGAAAGCAUUUUUGCAAUACGAUAAAUAAAAAGGCUGUCUUGAAACCGCGCAUCGCGUCAGAACACUUGUACA